GUGAAUCAGGCCCGGUUUCGAAUGCGAUGGCAGCUCCUAGUAUCGACUCCAACAGCAGCACCAAAGCACAAGUCGUUCCCAUCGCCAUAUCUGCAUCAGAUCAAAACAAAACCACACCAGACCCGCUGAAAACCACACCGGAUCAGCCGGAAACCACACCAGACCCGCUGAAAACCACACCGGAUCAGCCGGAAACCACACCAGAUAAGCAGAAAACCAAACCAGAACCGCAGAAACCCACACCAGAACCGCAGAACACCAAACCAGAACCGGAGAAAACCAAACCAGAACCGCAGAAACACACACCAGAACCGCAGAAACCCAAACCAGAACCGCAGAACACCAAACCAGAACCGCAGAACACCAAACCAGAACCGCAGAAACCCACACCAGAACCAGAGAAACCCACACCAGAACCGCAGAAACCCACACCAGAACCGGAGAAAACCAAACCAGACCCGCAGAAACACACACCAGAACCGCAGAAACCCACACCAGAACCAGAGAAACCCACACCAGAACCGCAGAAACCCAAACCAGAACCAGAGAAAACCAAACCAGAACCGCAGAAACCCACACCAGAGCCCACCGUUACACCUGCAAACAAGCCAGUCUCCACCCCGGCAGGAGAUAAACCAGAGAGCACCUUAGAUUACAUGGCUGACAACACGUCUCCAGAACCAGACCUGGGCACUGGAGAUGAUGAUGAUGAUGGUGUCGUCGAAAAUUUAGAAAAUCUCCCCUCUGAAAAAAUAGAUGUAAACAUCAAGGACACAGUCAUCUAUACAACCAAGGAUGAAGAUUCCCACUUCUUCUUCCAUCUGGUUGUCAUCGCCUUUCUAGUUGCCAUCGUGUACAUCACCUACCACAACAAGAGAAAGCUGAUGCUUCUGGCCCAGAGUCGGCGCUGGCGGGACGGUUUCUGCUCCCGAGGAGUCGAGUACCAUCGGCUCGACCAGAACGUCAACGAGGCCAUGCCUUCGCUCAAGAUGACCAGCGAUUACAUCUUCUGACCGCCUGCAGAAGAACACACGCUGACCGGCUACACGUGGUGUCUUAUUUAAUCAGAGGGAAGAGGGUGUAUUUUGUGUCUUUUCUGCUUGCUGUUCUCUGUGUUUUUUGUUUUUUGUGUGUGUGUCUAUGAAAGCAGAUGUUUUGAAUGCAACGGUAAACCAUUUUGUUCUUCGGCAGAACUACAUUUUUACAUGUCUGCCGGAUCAUUCUUGAAGAAAAACAAAUGAAGGUAUGUAGAUAUUUGAUUAUAAAGCUGCUGUCUGUCACAUAUAGGCCAAGCACACAAUACAGACGAUUCAUUUGCUUCCGUUGCACUGGUUUGUGGACAUUGGCUUCUGUGCUGUGAGUGUGUGUGUGUGUGUGUUUGAGGUGCACAAUUAAUCUGUGAAAGAUCGCGACCCAUGAAAUCUUAUUGCAAUCUUACGACAACAAUUCGCCUGUGUCUAUCAAACCUGUGACGGAUCUGA